AUGAGCACAAAUAGAGGAAGAAGAUAAUGGGAACCAAGUAGAGAUAGAUAGAGAUAGAGAGAGAGGGAUUAGGGAAGGAGGAGCGAAGCAUAGAGAGAGAGAGAUGGAUAGAAAUAGAGAAGCUCGAAGAGUUACUAUGGCUGCCGCCGGAAAUGGCUUGUCUCGACGGCGGCAUAGAGCAGGAAGUUUCAGGGACUCUCCAGAGGAUGAUGGUCCGGUGGAGUUGCCGGAGGCGGCGAGACUGAGAGAUCGGGGAGGGAGCGGUAAGAAGGAUCGAGAUCGAGAUCGAGAUCGAGACCGUGACAGAGACAGGGAGAGGGAUCGGUUGAAUAGUCGGAGCAAGAGGAGGAGAGGAGACAGGUUGAUGAUGAUGCACGGGAAUAUGGACGACGGUGGUGACGAGAGCUCCGAGGAGAGCGUCAACGACGACGAGGAGUACGAUGGCGGCGGAGGACCACCGUCCUCGGUGAAGAUGCUCCCGCCGGCGAGCAAUAUUAAUACGGCGUCGUUUUCGUCAUCGUUGUCAAACCACCAAAGCAGUAGCGGUAUUCUCCACCAGAGGAAGAGCUUUCCUCCGGCGAAAGUUUUCAGAUCGUCUCCUUCACCGGCGUCGACACCGGCAUCUGCGGCGGCGUCUCCACUCGUUUCGUCAUGGAAAACUGCCGACGAGAUGAUCGGUGUGUCGGUCCCGAGAAAAGCACGGUCAGCAUCUACAAAGAGACCGCAUGAGUCGUGGGCAUCGAGUGCCACUGCCGGUGGCGUUUUCGCCGCUGGGGAGCAAAUCCACCGCCAAGUCUCGACGUCUCCGGCGAGGGUCAGCCCCGCUUCGAUGUUAGCUUCACCUUCUCCACCAGCUCCGCCGUCGCCAUCUUCCUCGAGCGUUUCUGUCCGGAAGAAGAUGCCAUCGGUGCCGAAACAGAAGCCACUGCCUCCCAAGUCGUCGUCGUGCAAGUCGUCAUCCCCGAUGGCGGCUCAGGAUGAAAUCGAGAUCGAGAUCGCGGAGGUGUUGUACGGCAUGAUGAGGCAACCACUGGGACCGUCGAAGCUUGAAACCGGAGUGAAUGAUUCUGGAGAGGCUGGAAAUGUGAAUCCCGGGACCAAAUCAACGGUAGACGUCAAAUCCAGGGUUUCUUCUCUGAUCUCCAACUCACAGUCCACUCUUCCUCUGUCUGUUGCUCUCGCCACAAACUCUAUCGCCUCUACUGUUUCGGCCAUCGCUCCUAAGAGGAAGAGGCCUAGACCGGUCACAUUCGAAGACGAGAACAGCUCCGCUUUACCGUCUCGCAUGAGUUCUAUUUCCUCUACCAUAAUAGCCGAAUCCGCAGCUCCAGCGAAAGCAGAAGCUCCGUCAUCCAAUAUAGGGAAGAUUUCAGGAUCCAUCGGAGAAAAUGACUCCGUAUUGGAUUCGACGAACCCAUCAAGCUUAUCGGCUCAUCCGCAAUUAAAGGCUGAUCGAGAAAGCAGGCCGUCUCUGGAUUCGAGGCCGGCAACGGCCGAAGAAUUGGUGAAAAAAGAAAGUUCCUUGUCCAAAGAGGAAUCUAUAUCAACCAAGAUAGAAGGUUCUUCUGGGCUUAGAUCAGAUGGAGACGGCGUUGUCACCAUAGCCGCUAAGACGAGUUUGCCACCACUGGAAAAGGAGAAAUUCGAGAUAGAUCUGAUGGCGCCACCACCGGCGAGAUCGUCACCGGAGAGAGAUGGAGAGAUGGAAUAUGUGGCGGCAGAGGCUAAACCUAAAGCUGUGGAAACGGAUGCUAAGCCUCUACUGCAUCGGGAAAAUGGCUCCAAGGCUGAGAAAUUCGGAUCCAAGGAAGACUCCAUCCGGGAGCCUGAUGAGAAGAAACCAAGAACGGCCAUGGAAUCUGAAUCCCAGAAAUCAGAUAGGAACACAGAACUCAAGCUUGAUCAUGAGAAAUCCGAUCGAGAGACCACCUCCUCCUCUGCGACCGUGGGCUUGAACAAGCUCAGCCACCUUGGCCAGAAGCAGCAUACACAGCAACACAUGCCCAGUGCCGAGAGAACUGCGCAAGCAAGUCCUUUGCCUGUGCACAUGUCAAUGCCUGGUUGGCCCGGAGGCCUUCCUACAAUGGGAUACAUGGCACCUACACAGGGAGUAGUACCCGCAGAUACAAGCUCGUUGCCGUCUGCAACAAUGCAGCCUCCGCAAUUGUUAUUUAACCAGCCGAGGCCUAAAAGAUGCGCCACUCAUUGUUACAUCGCGAGGAACAUUCAUUACCAUCAACAGUUCACGAAGAUGAAUCCGUUUUGGCCUUCUGCUGCUGCUGCUGCUGCUGCUGCUGCUGCAGGCUCGGCUCCUUUGUAUGGUGGGGGGAAAGCCUGCAAUCUCAGUCUCAUGCCUUCCACAGAACUUCAAGGGAAUGUUUUGGGAAGGAGUUCCAACUUGGCACCACCUGAUAAAAGCUCUCAGUCUACUACAUCUAAUAGCUCAGACACAAGCCAAAGGAAGCAAAUAUUGCUUCAGCCAUCGUUGCCACCAGGAGCCCCUAAUAAUAUAUUGCAUGGUCCGGCCUUUAUCUUCCCGUUGGGUCAGCAACCGCAUGCAGCUGCUAUAGCUGCUGCUUCGGUUAGACCGCCUAUGAGUGGCAAUGCAGCUUCCUCUGGUACUGCUUCUUCUACGCCCGUGAAUGGUUCUGCACCAUCAGCUACCCCAGCUGGUGCAACGGCUAUGAGCUUCAGCUACCCGAACAUGCCGGGCAAUGAAACUCAGUACCUGGCUAUCUUGCAGAACAAUGGGUAUCCAUUUCCGGUACCGGCUCAUGUGGGUCCACCUCCUGCUUACAGAGGGCCGCCCGGGCAGCCGAUACCCUUCUUUAACGGUUCAUUCUAUUCGUCUCAAAUGAUCCAUCCUCCUCAUCUUCAGCCACAGCAACAACCUGGUCAGGGACAACAGGGUCAAGCUCCUAACAACAACCAGACUGCAAGCGUUUCCUCAGGUUCCUCUUCGGCACAAAAGCAUUUGCAGAACCAACAGCAGAGGGCUGCGAUGAAUCCGGGGAACCCACAAAGGUUUCCUGCCUCGAAGGUUCAAUCUCAGCCUAUGAGCUUUCAGCAGAGGCAGCACCCGAGAGAAAACGCAACUCAACAAAAUGAAACUGCUGGAGAAGAUAGCCCAUCAACUGCUGAUAGCCGGAUCUCUCGCUCCAGUGUUGCAUAUGGCCAGAACUUUGCUAUGCCAAUGCAGCCAACGAACUUGGGUCUGAUGAAUUCAGCAGCCUCGGGUGGUGCAGUGGCCGGUUCUUCUGGAAAUCAUGGAGAAAAGAAAUCGCAACAGCAGGGUUCAAAGGCCGGUGUGGAUUCCCUCCAAUCUCAGGCUUAUGCCAUGACGUUCGCAACAUUCAACGGGGCUAGUUCCCCCGGCCUUAACAUGCCUUCCAUUGCUCAGAAUCAUGCUAUCUUCCACAGCAUUCCGGAGGCUGCAAGGCAAGGGUAUCACCAGAUGAUGGCAGCUGCUGUUGCAGCUCAAGCAGCUCAACAGAAGAUGAACUAUAACCCACCAGAAGACGGAAAAUCUGGUCCUAGUUCCGCUGCUAAUGCCAUGGAGGAACGGAAGACAGGCGCAACAGGAAAGACGGCUUCUUCAAGCGGCGGUCAGUCUAUUGCUUUCUCUAGUAAGCCGGAUUUAGCAGAUGCAUCUGUUCCUGGAGUAACGGGCAGUGGAGUCAUCGAUAGCUCUGCUCGGCUACUCAACCUUAGCUCCACUCCGAUUCAGACUUCAAGUUCUACACAAACAUCCCACUACCAGCAGCAGCAGCAGCAGCUGCAAAGGAAUCAACCACAGCAACAAUAUACCAUUUAUCUCCAGAAGCAACAACAAUAUGCAGCUGCUGCUGCUGCAGUUGCUGCGGCUAGAAGCAAAGGGCCUGUGACAAGUAACGGAAGUAUGUUCCCAGAUCACAGUGUCACCACAUCUUCAGUUGUCGGAGGCAAGUAUCCGAAUUCUAAUUCAGGGUUACCUCAAAAUCUUGUCCAGUCCACCACUGGCAGUCCGGUUCACUCUCCUCAGUGGAAAACGAAUUCCUCCAGGACGACCACCCCAGCCCAGGUUCAGUCUCCUUCCAUACUGUCAUCUUCCGCUGCGUCGUCCCUAAAAAAUGUGCCGCAGAAACAGCAAGGCCGACCACAGCAGUCACAGAUAUCGUUUACAGCAAACUCUUCUAAACCUAUGCCAUCUGGUCCACUGAUGCAGCAAGGGCCGAGUGCCAACCAGUCUCAGUCCCCUCGGAUGGCAGUCGGGUCUCCCUCUACUUCUUCCGUGUCCAAAAGCGCGGGUGGAAGCCCGAGGACAACAACUACUUCGGCCUCAACAAUUAACAAAAGUGGUCAAGUAUCCUCCACUCUGUCAUCAUCUCAGCAAUCUAGGAACUCCCCAGCCGGAUCGGUUCCUAACCCGUCAGGAUCAUCGGCUGGUGGAAGGAACGAGCCUUCCUCCAUUCUGGGUAACCCUCAUGUUAAUCAUCCCACAACGAGCGCUGGUUCAAAGUCGCAACAGCCGCCGAAGCAUGCCUUGCAGCAGGCUCAGCUUUUCUUCUCCAGCCCUUAUAUGCAAUCUCCUCAACAGCAGCAGCAGAUGACUAUUUCUAACCCGAGCGGCUAUUACCUCCAAAGGCAUCAGCAACCGCAAGGCUCGUCACCCGCUGCAACGUCUCAUUCCUUGUGCCAUCCGGUCUCCGCCCUCUCCAACAGCAGCACAGCCACGGCCACGGCCACUUCCGACCCGGCCAAAGCCAUUGCAGCUGCGGCGGCUAAUAACAUGAAAGGAGGAAACUUGCAGCAGCAUGGUCAGGGAGUUCCUGGCUCGGGUCCGUAUGCUUCUUCUGCUCAACCCCCCGGGAAGUUGCAUCAUCAUCAGCUCGUCCCUCCCGGGUUCCCUUACGUUCAUGCCGUUCCCGCGGCGGUUCAGGUGGUGAAGCCUUCGGAUCAGAAGCAACAAGCCGGUGAGUGAAAGGCAAGAUUCCUACUGAACCCUCUCUGUUUAGUUCAAAGACAUGGAGGAAAGAGGGUUGGGGGAGUGGGUUUGAGACUUCAGGCCACUGGAACAGAAGGCUUGGUUAGAAAAACAAAACUAGAACACGACCAAGUCUUUGGACAGAACACGAGUUGCUGGUCGGAAGGAAAAGAUGAGAAGAGCACACCGCCCCCAGGAUGUGGAGGAGGAGGGCCAUUUUUGGGUCUUGGGUGUGUGCGCGUGUGUGUUUUUUUAUAAUUAGAAUGCGUACCGUUAGUGUUUAUAUUCUGACAGGAACCGCCAUGGUGAUUGAAGAAAAAGAUCUAAUUAAGAUUUUAUUCAUUUUUGUUAGGAAGGUGGUCUUUUUUUCUCUCUGUUUUAUUGUUGUACAUAUUUGAUAGCCAUUUGGAUAUUACUGUAGUGUGUGUAAAAUGAAUAUCAGGAAAAAAAAAUAAUCGGUUAAAAAAUA